AUGCUGUCAGAUGCGUCUUUGGAUGUACUGUUGGCCAUGUGGAAACCGCUGCCUAAACCUAUGGCACAGAGCCAGUCAACAGACUUGCCAUUUGAUGCCAGUGAUUAUGAACAGUUCACUGUGCCAGACCCCCAGGACUAUACCACACCGAUUCCUCUCAAUCCUCAAACAAAGAGAAAAUAUGUAAUAAAAACUAACUUUUACCCCAUAACAGCAGAAUCAUAUGCCAUCAUGAUCAUUUCAGUCAUCAUUUUCACUGUUGGAAUAAUUGGGAAUAUGGCAAUCAUGUGCAUUGUGUGCCACAACUACUACAUGAGAAGUAUUUCAAAUUCUCUUCUUGCCAAUCUCGCACUUUGGGAUUUUGUUGUCAUCUUUUUCUGCCUGCCGCUGGUGAUAUUCCAUGAACUAACCAAGAACUGGUUGUUGGGGGAGUUCUCCUGUAAAAUCAUCCCCUAUAUUGAGGUCGCCUCCCUAGGGGUUACCACCUUUACCCUGUGUGCCUUGUGCAUCGACCGCUUCCGCGCUGCCAACAACGUCCAGAUGUACUAUGAGAUGAUUGAGAACUGUGCCUCCACGGCCGCCAAGCUGGCCGUUAUCUGGAUCGGGGCUCUCCUAUUGGCCCUGCCAGAGCUCCUGAUCCGCCAGCUGGUCACUGAAGAUGGCGAGACUCCGGAUGUGACGCCCUGCCAGCGAUGCGUGGUUCGUAUCUCCACCGAGCUCCCUGACACGCUCUACGUACUGGGCCUGACCUAUGAUGGUGCUCGCCUCUGGUGGUACUUUGGCUGCUACUUCUGCCUGCCCACGCUGUUCACCAUCGGCAGCUCCCUGGUGACCGCCUGUAAGAUCCGGCAGGCCGAGCGGGCCUGUGUGCGCGGCAACAAGAAACAGAUCCAUCAGGAGAGCCAGAUGAACUGCACAGUUGUGGCUUUGGCCAUCCUCUAUGGCUUCUGCAUCAUCCCAGAGAACAUCUGCAACAUCGUCACUGUCUACAUGGCGGCGGGAAUUCCCAGACGGACCCUGGACAUUCUCCAUCUGGUCAGCCAGCUGCUGUUGUUCUGUAAGUCGGCAGUGACACCUGUCCUGCUGUUCUGCCUGUGCCAGCCCUUCAGCCGGGCCUUCCUGGACUGCUGCUGCUGCUGCUGUGACGAGUGUGGCCCGCCCAGAUCUUCCACCACCGCCACCACCAGCGAGGAGAACGAGCACGAGUGCACCACCACCGACCUGGAGCUGUCGCCCUUCAGCACCAUCCACAGGGAGGCAUCCUCCUCCUACACCACUGCAGCGACCCACUGCUAA